AUUUCUUUCUUCUUUUAACUUAUUCUGUAAGUUUAUAAUUGUGAGUACAUGAGUUAGGUUUCUCAUUCAAAAUUGCUUCAGAACUCAUUCAUUUUGAUGUGGUAUUAAACAGAAAGACUUUAAUGCCAUUUAAGAGAUUCUUGUGAGCUGCAAAUCUGACCUGAGUUCAACUUUAUCAUUCCUCAAUUCCUUAUACAUAUCUUUUCGUCCUCAACACGUCCCAAGAAACAGUAUAUCAGAUCAACAACAACAGACAUCGAGUUCAAUUAUUGUUGAGAGGAUUCAAAAGAGCCCAGUCUUGUAUAUCUAUUGAAAGCAGUGAUUAGUACUUGAUCAUCAUGAACACAAAAAAGCAAGAAACUGGUGGGGGUGACACCAACAAUAGUAAAACAUCCUCAAGGACUACUAUUAGUACUACUACAUGUACUGCUACUACUCCAUCAAGUACUUGUUCGAGGCAGUCAUCGUCAUGGGCAGCAGGGUUUAAAAAUCCAAGAAUUGUACGCGUAUCGCGUACCUUUGGAGGGAAAGAUAGACACAGUAAAGUGUGUACUGUAAAGGGAUUAAGAGACAGGAGAAUCAGGCUUUCAGUACCAACAGCAAUUCAAUUGUAUGAUCUUCAAGAUAGGCUUGGGUUAAGCCAACCUAGCAAAGUUGUAGAUUGGUUAAUAGAUGCAACUAAAGAUGAAAUUGAUAAACUUCCACCUUUACAAAUACCACCACCAUCACUUUCUCAUUUCUUCAAUAUGAAAGAUCAUCAUUUAGAUUUUGUUGAUACUUCAGAAACAGGAUUUGGAAAAGAGAAGUGGAUUGCUACAAAUGAUCAUGAUCAUCAAGAAAGUAGUAAUCAUAAUUUCUUUCAAUCUUCUAAUUUAGGCAUGUUAAACACCUUCAAUAAUAGUACUAAUAAUGCCUUGAUUAGCCAUAAUUGGGAAUUACCUAAUUCAAAUUUAUCAUUAGGUCCAUUUGGAAAUUACCAAGAUCAAUAUCAACAACAAAAUAUGCCUUUUCCUUCAGGUUCUCAUCAUCAACAUCAACAACUAUAUUUUUGUCCAAGUAGUAGUACUACUAGUGCUACAACAUUGUCAUCUCUUGUUCCUCCAUAUAAUUCCCAUUUCCAUCAGAAUUCGCUCACGCCAACUCUUCAGUUAAUCAGUGUUCCAGUGAAAUCUUCCUUCAGUUUGAAUGACAAUAACAAGGGGAUCAACUUACAAGAUCAUCAUCAACACAACCAUAAAGAAGGCAGUGGUUCUUAAGCAUAUUAUACAGCAAUUGAUACUGUAAGACAUUAUUCUAUAUAUCUAUCUUUUUUAUGUUUAUAAACUUUGUUGUACCACAAUUUAUGUGGUCAAUAUUAGUAUAUAUAAUUUGUUAGAAGCAUAAUUUUGAUUAU